AUGCGUCGCACGCGUCGCGCCGCCGCCGCCGCUGCGGCAUCCCCUGCCUCCCCGCCACGCCGCUUGCGUCGCGCCUCACAUCGCUCCAUGAAACGCGCCCCGCGCUCCCUGUCCAGACGCCGCGCCGACUUUGACCGCAUCGCCGCCCACCAUCGCGCCCGCCCUGCCACCCCUCCGUCCCCACCCCAACCCCCCGCCGAGCCUCAACAGCAUGACAGUCCGCGGGAGAAGAGCCACCCCCACCACCGACCCGAACACCCCUCCACUCUUACCGCCGCUUUCGUCCACGCCAUCCCCGACGACAACUCGCUCCCGCCUCUCCGCGCCCUCGUCACCCGUCUCCGCCGCCUGCCCAACGUCACGGAGGACCCCGACCCGAUGGACGACUCGUCGCCCGCGCGCGACGCCGCCCCGCCGCUCGACCACGCUACCGUGCGCGCGCUCGCGGCCGCCCUGGCCGUCGAGCGAUUCCUCUCGCACGAGUCGGACUCCGCCCGCCUGCUCGUCGCGUGCGCGCUGGCCGAGCUGCUGCGCGUGUCGGCCCCGGAGCCUCCGUUCGCCCCGCCCAAGCUCCGCGACGUGUGCUCGCUCUUCGUCGAGCAGCUCGCCGUCCUCGCCGCCACCUCCGAUCCCAUGGAGAACGACCGCUUCUCGCUGCUCGAGCAGCUCGCCACCACCAAGAGCUUCGUGCUCUUCGCGGACGAGAGCGACGUCGUGUGCGACUUGUUCGCCUGCUUCUACGCCAUCGUCGCCGAGCACCACGUAGCGAAGAUUAGAGAGUACUACGCCGAUAUCCUCUUCUCCAUGCUCGACGAAAUGGAUCAGCUCGGGAACGAUGUGCUGGACGCGCUGCUUGCACCGAUGGUGGACUGUUUGAGGCACUCGCCGGAGGCGGUCAGUCUCGCGGAGACGGUUGUAGCGAUGGCGGCCAACAAGAUACAGAUCCCGUUGUGCCAUCUCCUGAACGCGUCUAUCCGACAGCUGCGAAGGACGACGAGCUCUGCUUCGCCGCAGAAGGGCCGUGGCGGUCGUCGGAGAACGCCCACGAAAAGGGCUCGCGCGGGCAGGAGGGAGGAGGAUGAGCUGGAGCUGCAAGACGAUGAAAUAUCUGUUCAUCACAAGCACAUUGGUGAUGUCAUCAUCGCCGUGAAUCGUGUCGCACCAGAUAUUCUUAUCUACGCAAUCCCGAGCUUGCAUGACCAGAUACAGUCCUCGGAUGAAAAUGCUAGACUUGCAAACGUGCAUUUACUAGCUAGACUGCUCACAUCGCAACGGCAAAUGUCUGAAUCUUACCCAACUCUCUUUGUAGAGUUUCUUUCAAGAAACAAGGACGUCAACCCCGCGAUUCGUGAGGAAGUCUGCGCUGUGUUGCCGAAACUUAUGGUCACACAUCCGAAACAUAGGGAGGACCUAGAUAUCAUCUUACGCGAAAGAGUCCUCGACCGCGAAGAAAGCGUCCGACUCGUCGCAAUACGAUCUAUCAGCGAGGCAGCCAAUGUAGCCUCCGAGAAAUUGCUCCAAAUCCUGGCUACGCGCUUGCGCGAUCGAAAAGCAUUUCUGAGACAAGAGACCCUGAAACAGCUCGUGCAUAUAUAUCUCGCGUCUAGCUUCACUCCCACAAAACAAAAUUUCACGGAUGACGGCCCUCGAAUCGGGUCAGGCCCGCCAGAACAAGCGAGAAUAUCGUCUACAGAUAGGUCGCAGUCGGAUGAGGAAAAUCGAAGCGAGGCCAAAGAGGUUGAAGGGGCCUCCGAAAACAAGAAAAAGAGCAAGCAACCAAAAGCUCAGGUCAACAACUUGGGCUGGCUCCCAAACACUCUUGUUCAGGCACACAGCGCUCUUAAAGGGGCAGAGGACUUCACCACUGCUUUUGAAAUCGAGCGAGUUAUGUUCGAGAGAAUCCCGGGUGUGAAGAAUGAGGAUGCACGAACUCUCAAGAAUCAUCUCUGCCGAUUUGCAGACUUCCUCGGAACUCUUCAUGACGCUGAGUUUCGGAACGUCAUUCACCUUGUACAGGAGCGCAGAAGAACGCGAAAUGUACUGCUUGAGCUGGUUCAAUAUCGCUUGAACUCGCGGAAAAGACCACCCUCUGUUAUCCCAAAUCAGGACGAGAACCAGGAGCAAGCCCCAGUAAAGACGUUUUCAAAAAGGAAACGCACGACUGCAAGCAGCACAGACCAAGAGACUACGCAGACUUCUCCCGCAACUAGUCAGACACUUGAACUGGCGAGGAACUUGACAAAGCACCUUCGCCUGUCGACAAAGACGGACGAAGAAGUCCACAAAUUAUGCUUGUCUCUAGCAAACGCGAUUGACCUGCGAAUAUUCGAAAAGAUGGGCGUGGCACUAGACGAAUGCACGUCGCCACCUGAACGUUCUGCUGCCCUUCAAGAUGCGGUAUCACGCCUUGGGUCGAAGUCGACAGUCGGUUGCUUUUUGAAUAAUGAGGUGAUGCCAAAGUGCAUGCCAGGUGUAUUUAGCUCUGGACACUUUGCUGCAGCAUGUGAUAUUGCUGUAAACGAGGCCGCUGAGCCACGGGACUUCAAGGAGCUUGAAGAUACUGAACACGUGGAUGAAACCGACGACGACUGCCCUGUUGCUCUGUGCGGGAUCCUGCGGUAUCUCGACGUCGUUCGAGAGUACGCCCCGAGUCUCUCAAUGCAUAAUGUUGAAUGUGUCCGAAGGUUGGUGUCUAUGAAGCUCAGUGAAUGCGACUCGAGCUCAGACGUAAUCAUAAUGGGCUUAAAGCUCAUAAGCCAUACACCGAACACCGACGCAGGCGAUGACAAUUUGGAAGCUCUAUCGUUGGAUCCCAUUGAGUCUCACGCUUUGGCGAGCAAACUGUUCAAUACAGAACAAGGAUCAAGUUUGUCGAAGUGGGCCACAAGGGCGUUCAUUCGGCUGCACUCUAAGAAAGCGCCAAACGUGAGCCCACUCUCCGAUCUGAUCAAGAAGCUGACGGCUCGCCUCGACUUGUUCGCCGGAGAUGUAGAAAGCAUUGUUGCGCCUCUGACAGCUCUUUCGCAACUCGCCAAGCAUGCGCCGAAGGAGUUCAAGCCUGCAGCACUAGAAUGCUUUGAUUUUGCGCGAGCACUUUUAUGUGGGUCUUUUAACGCGAAAGUCGCCUUGACUGCCAAAGAAAGUGGCACGGAUGUAUCCAGCGCAAGCCAGUCGACGCGCCGUUAUAGCCAGACAUUGCGGAGGCGCUCUUCUUUACCGUCUGUGCUUGGCGAAGAUGCCCAUAUGCUACCGGAUCAGAUAUCACAUUCCCGUGCGUCAUGUAUGGCGGAAGCUGCCCAUCGUGGCGUGAAAAUUCUAGUCUAUGCGCUGAGUUCAGUCGAUUCAAACUUUGAAGAGGUCGAUGCAGUGUUUGAGAUUCUUCUCAAGAUUAUGCACGAGAAGGGAGGAGAUGUGUUUGACAUGCUGCCAGGCGAACAGAGCGAUUCAGACCACGAGAUAAACUCUGAAGACCUUGUGACUAUGGAUGCGAUGUGCGCAAUGACCCGACUGUCUGCCGGUCGCGGGAUGCUUUAUCUUGCGAGACAUCCACGGUUUUUCCACAGAAUAUCUCCUCCUCUCUUUGUGUCGACACUUCUAAUUGCACAAGAUCGCAAAGCCAACGUGCGACUCAACUUCGUGAAGCUUAUCUCAAACCAGAUUUUGAAAAAAGGGCUGUUGUUCAGGUGGGUGCUUGCUCUUCCUUUAAUGGCAGUCGACCCCGAACGCCGCAACGUCGCGAAAGUGAAGAAUAUGAUGACUUCCCUGUUUCGACACCGCAGACGUAUCUACGAAAAGGCACGCGUUGAGGGCAAACUGUCUAGCAUUCAACUACUUCCUGAAUCUAUACUGCCGGAGAUGAUUUGGGUACUGGCAAACCUUCCAGACGUAGAAAUGGAUCAAGAAUCCAACUUUGGAGAAUCAUCGCAAUGUUUAGAGCUGCUACUGGAUCGCUUGCUAGAAUCCAACGAUUACGCGAGUGUUUUGAACGAGUAUAUCGAAGCACUGUCGAUGGCGCAAGAUGCCACAGAGCGAGAGGACGAGGGACCGGGAGAGAAAACUGCCCGAAUCACGGAACUUGGGCGGAUUGCAAGUGCGCUUUUGAAGAAGAAACAAGCCGGCAAGAAGUGGAAUCUUGCAGAACACCCAGGUCACGUCUGUCUUCCCCGAGAUAUGUUUAGAGUGGUCAAUAGGACGGCAGAAACAUCAGGAGUGCUACCCCUUUCACUAGUGGCGGUUGCCAAGAUGUACGACGAGGACAAAAUUCGGGUGUCAGCUCGCAAGGCAAAACCGAGUAACCUUGUUGCGCGCAUCAAGGCCGCAGAAGCGGCAAAUCCAGAGUCGCCCAUAAAGUCGGAGGGCAAUGGUGUAGAGAAUCAGAUGGAGGAUUAUUCGGGCGAGCGUAAGGCGGUCCUAGACAGUCAUGCGGGGAAAAAGUCAGAUGGGAGUCCCACGCAAUCUCUGGAGCCCAUUGGGGAAAUCGAGAACGACUCUGAGCCAAUUGAGGAUAAGAUGAGGAGCAGCUCGACUUCUAGGCCAGUUAUCGUGGAACGGACGCGUGCUGGAAAACGAAGAUCGCACGAAUUGCGCAAGAACGAUGCCAGUUUUGAGACGGACGACAAAAAUAUGGCAAAUGGGAAAAGAAGGCGAUUAUCGGUACAGAAAAAGGAGUCGCCGAGCUCACAGCCAACUCUCAAGCGCAGCUCAAGGGGAAAGAGCAGUGGCUCCAUCAGAGCUACAGAUGCCGUGGACGAAUCGCCGGACAAGGGUGAGGAGCAACUUGAGGAGUCCAAGUCAGGUGGGUCAGAGGUAGCGUGUACCGCCGAAGGCUCCACAAGAUGUGGAACGGAGAACGAAGAAAGCGUCCCGAAGGGAACUGAGAGCGUUAACGUAAUUUCUGAAGCAGUCGGCAAAGACUCGACUGUGCCAGAGGAUGAGUCUGAAAAGGAGACCGCAAGUACUAUGGAGAAGAAGGAGAACGUAGACACAGGGAAUUUGGUCGGUGAAGACCAUGGGCAAUCGCGACGCACUCUACCACGAGGCGAGCAGAUAGACAAGAAAACAGGACCAUCAAAGGCCUCGCCAACGUCAAAGCUGAAGAAGAAGAGAAAGGAGAAACAAGUUGAAAAGGGGGAUAGCGUUGUGCCAGUUGUGCGUCGCAGCUCGAGACGGCGGCGAAAAGUAUGAGACAAGGAGCACAAGAAUCGUUACAGUAGGUUGACCAAGGGAAUCUAGAAAGUUGUUGGUCGUGUAAAUAUGUCGAAGUUAUGAC